UCAUCACUCUCGGGCUGGGAUGGACGCGAGGCGGGCGGGCCCUGGCGAGCAGAGCCAGGAGUCCAGGCCUCCUCCUGGCUGCUGAGCCUCCCUUGAAGCCUCCCUCCACCCCCGUCUUUCAUCCUAGGAGCCGCGCCGACCUCUGCUUCGAGGGUUAGGCACGGGUCCCGUCCUGCUCUGACACCCGUACCUCCCCCUCCCGCCUGCCCUCGGGAUCGACUAGAUCCCUCCCCCUCUCUGAGGAUUCCAGCUGGAUCCCUGCCCCUGCACCGCGGAUCCUGCUCUCCGGGGCCCCGAGACCCUGGGGAUUGCCGUGGACUCCUCCUUCAGCUCCCGAUCCUUUAGGAUCGUCCGCCCGGACCGCUUUCUGGUCCCUCGAAGACAGCCCACGGAGCUAGUGGAUCUCCAGUCCAGUCUUGUCCCAUCAUCCCCUUCUUGCUCUGCCGUCCUCUCGGCGGGGUUCCCAGUUCUCAGGCUCCCCCGGACCCCAUCCCCUAGCUCUCCUCUUCCCAGGGAUCGACUGGAUCCCGGCCCCGCCCCCCCGGGGCUGGGGCGAUCCCCCUCCCCCGCCGGGUGAGGCGCUGCGGGGCGGGGGCUGGGCCUGCGGGGCCGCUGGGGCUCAGAGGCCGCCGCCCCCCUCCCGAAGCCCGUCGGCCCCCCACUCGGAGCCCUGGAUGGAGGCACCACGGCCCCAGGGCUGAGCCAGAACUUGCACGGGGCGCUGCCGGCCAUCAUGCUGCCUGUGUGGUUCACCGACAACUUGGAGGCGGCCGCCACCUACGUGCAGAACCAGAGCGAGGACUGCCUGUAUCUCAACCUCUACGUGCCCACCGAGGACGGUCCGCUCACAAAAAAACGUGACGAGGCGACGCUCAAUCCGCCAGACACAGAUAUCCGGGACUCUGGGAAGAAGCCUGUGAUGCUGUUUCUACAUGGUGGCUCCUACAUGGAAGGCACAGGGAACAUGUUCGAUGGCUCAGUCCUGGCUGCCUAUGGCAACGUCAUCGUAGCCACACUCAACUACCGUCUUGGGGUGCUCGGUUUUCUCAGCACUGGGGAUCAGGCUGCAAAAGGAAACUAUGGGCUCCUGGAUCAGAUCCAGGCUCUGCGCUGGCUCAGUGAAAACAUUGCUCACUUUGGGGGUGACCCCGAGCGCAUCACCAUCUUUGGGUCUGGGGCAGGAGCCUCCUGUGUCAACCUGCUGAUCCUCUCCCACCAUUCGGAAGGACUCUUCCAGAAGGCCAUUGCCCAGAGUGGCACUGCCAUUUCCAGUUGGUCUGUCAACUACCAGCCGCUCAAGUACACGCGGCUGCUGGCAGCCAAGGUGGGCUGUGACCGAGAGGACAGCGCUGAAGCUGUGGAGUGUCUGCGUCGCAAACCUUCCCGGGAGCUGGUGGACCAGGAUGUGCAACCCGCCCGCUAUCACAUUGCCUUUGGGCCCGUGGUGGAUGGUGAUGUAGUCCCCGAUGACCCUGAGAUCCUCAUGCAGCAAGGAGAAUUCCUCAACUAUGACAUGCUUAUUGGAGUCAAUCAGGGAGAGGGCCUCAAGUUUGUAGAGGACUCUGCAGAAAGUGAGGAUGGUGUGUCCGCCAGCGCCUUUGACUUCACUGUCUCCAACUUUGUGGACAACUUGUAUGGCUAUCCAGAGGGCAAGGAUAUGCUGCGGGAGACCAUCAAGUUCAUGUACACAGACUGGGCUGACCGGGACAAUGGUGAGAUGCGGCGGAAGACUCUGCUGGCACUCUUUACAGACCACCAGUGGGUGGCCCCAGCUGUGGCCACUGCCAAGCUGCAUGCCGACUACCAGUCCCCUGUCUACUUUUAUACCUUCUACCACCACUGCCAGGCUGAGGGCCGGCCAGAGUGGGCAGAUGCGGCACAUGGGGACGAGCUGCCCUAUGUCUUUGGUGUACCCAUGGUGGGUGCCACUGAUCUCUUCCCCUGCAACUUCUCUAAGAAUGACGUCAUGCUCAGCGCAGUGGUCAUGACCUACUGGACCAACUUCGCCAAGACUGGUGACCCCAACCAGCCGGUGCCCCAGGACACCAAGUUCAUCCACACCAAGCCUAAUCGCUUCGAAGAGGUGGUGUGGAGCAAGUUCAACAGCAAGGAGAAGCAGUAUCUGCACAUUGGCUUGAAGCCACGUGUACGUGACAACUACCGCGCCAACAAGGUUGCUUUCUGGCUGGAGCUUGUGCCCCACCUGCACGGCAUGCACAAUGAGCUCUUCACCACCACCACACGGCUGCCUCCCUACGCCACGCGCUGGCCACCUCGUCCUCCCCCUGGUGCCCCUGGCACUCGCCGACCCCUACCACCUGCCACCCUGCCACCUGAGCCUGAGCUUGAUCCAGGGACACCAAGGAUCUACGACCGCUUCCCAGGGGACUCACGAGACUACUCCACGGAGCUAAGUGUCACCGUGGCUGUGGGUGCCUCGCUCCUUUUUCUCAACAUUCUGGCCUUUGCUGCCCUCUACUACAAGAGGGACCGGCGGCAGGAGCUGCGGUGCAGGCGGCUCAGCCCACCUGGAGGCUCAGGCUCUGGUGUUCCUGGUGGGGGUCCUCUGCUUCCUGCCACUGGCCGCGAGCUGCCCCCAGAGGAGGAGCUGGUGUCAUUGCAGCUGAAGCGGGGUGGUGGCGUCGGGGCGGACCCUGCUGAGUCCCUGCGCCCUGCCUGCCCGCCCGACUACACCCUGGCCCUACGCCGGGCACCAGACGACGUGCCUCUCUUAGCCCCCGGGGCCCUGACCCUGCUGCCCAGUGGCCUGGGGCCACCUCCUCCCCCACCCCCUCCUUCCCUCCAUCCCUUUGGGCCCUUCCCUCCACCUCCUUCCACUGCUACCAGCCACAACAACACGCUACCCCAUCCCCACUCCACCACUCGGGUAUAGGGGGCGGCUUGGGGAGGCCCCCUCCUCCCCAGCCUUCCCCAACCCUGGCCACUCCAAAGGAAGGGAGGAAGACUUGGCAACGGGCUUUUCUCCUGUGGAGUUGUCACAUGUCAUCGAGCAGCAUUAAGGUGGACAUGGGAUUCCUCACUGGGAUGUGUGUUUUUCCCAUGCAAAGAGGCCCAUUAUUUUCUCUGGACCUGGGCCUCUGAACAGCUAGGGGGGUGUUUUCUGCCUUCCUUUGGGACACCAGUCUUCGGUGUGUGGAAAUGUGGAAGUCUUUUCCCACGUGGAGGCGUGCUUUCCUCAUGAGGGGGUGUUUUCCCAUGUGCAGGGUGAGGUUUUUUUUGCCGCCCUGGACACAUGUUGGCCCCCUCAAAUAAUUUCUGCGGGGAUUUGUACCCCAGAAUCCUGUUCCCUUAUGCCUUCUCUCACCUCCUCCCCUCUUUCAUCUCCUGGAGACCCUGGAAGUGAUGUGUUCACGUACAGUGACCCUUGGCCACCAGACGACCCAUGGUGGUGCCUGGGGAACAGCAAGGAAAUCACAGGCCCUGUACCCCUGCUCCCCCCUCACCCCAGCAAAGCAUGUUUCUCCCCCAUGGCACAAGUCAGAUGAAGCACGUUCUCCCAGGGAGGUUCUCACCUUCCACAGACGACAGACACAGAUUUCCUGCCAGGGGGACAGGAAGAGAUCCGUGCAUCCCGGUGCUGCCUGGAAACUUAUUUUCCCAUGGUCCAGGACACAUUUCUCUGAGUGGAAACAUGUUCUUGCAUGUGGAUGUGUGUUUUCCCAGGCAGAGGGUCCCUCUGUCCCCAGCACUUCCCUGCAUCCCCCAGCCUCAGGCCCAGCACUCAAUUCCUCCUCACGUAGCAGGUGGGAAUAGAUUUCAAACUGACAGAAGCUGAGGGGGAUGUACAAACCCUGAGGGAGGCCUGGGGCCCUCCCUCUCCCAGAGAGGCUGAGUCUGGGAUGGAGGGGUGUGGCAAAUGCCACCCACAGAGGCCAUGCAUGUUUGACCAAAGCCCUCAUGGGGCCUGGGGACAGCCUUUCCCUCAGUCCUCAGAUCCUUGUUCAUCCGUGCCAAACUGGGUAGACGGGUUUGAAUGGGGUGGAAAGCUUCAGAAUGUGCCAAGGAUUACCCAGUCCUAGGCCAGGACAGGGUAGAUGGUGGGGGCAAGUGAGAUACUGGGUAGGGGGAUAUGGCAGCUAAGGGGCCCCCAUCUGUGUCUCUUGUUCUCAUCCUUCCCUCUCUGCCUCAGUUCCCCACUCUCCACCAUCUCUGUCUCCCUUUUUGAAACUGUCCCCAUCUCAGGGUCAGACCAACCUUGUCCCUCUCCUUCUUGGACCUGCCCCACCUACCCUGGCUGCCAGGGCCAAAGGAAAGGAUCGGUGGAAGGCGGAGGGGAGGGAACAGAAAGGUUUUAUAGGCAGGUUGGGGAAAGAAUGAGGUCGGCUGUGCUAGGAGCAGAUGGAGGAGGCUGUGGGGGACUGGGCUUGGGCAGACACCAGCAGGAAGAAUUUGAAAGGAAAUGUGUGAGACAACUUCCCAGAGGUCCUUGGGUUUGGGCCUCUGGAGAAAAGAACAGUGUAAGGAAGGGUGAAGGACACCAGUAGAGGGGGAGCAAAUCCUCACUUGCUGUGUGGCUUUCUGUGGGAUGUGAGUGCCAAAUUAGGGGGUGGGUGCUGUCUUCCACUGAUGCCCAGAUCCAGAAACCCCGGUCUUGAGCCCCAGAACUUUGCCUCUUGACUGUCCCUUCUCCCACCUCCACCCAUGGAAAUGUAGUUCUUUUUUGGCCUUUCCCCCUGCCUGGUCUAGCUCCUCUUGGAACAGCCAUGCCCUCUAAAUGCUAGUGACCUGGGCCCUGAGCCCUAUGGGCAGAUGCCCCCAGAAUAGGGGCAUGGGAGGGCGCUGGGGGCCCCAUGAUUCAGCCACGGACUCCAAUGCCCAGCCCCUCUUCUCUCCGGAACAAUCCCACACACACCCCCCAACCCUUUGCGGCUCUGUACACAUUUUUAAAUCUGGCAAAAGAUGAAGAGAAUAUUGUAAAUAUAAAAGUUUAACUGUUGGUUGUGCCUGCUUAAGUUAUGUUAGAAUGUUGGGGAACACCCUUGAAGUAAGCCUUGGGGAUCUAAAUUUCUGGUCCCCUUUUUUAGUGAACAGCUCUGAGGUCUGAGAUGAAGGAGAGGUGGGUACUGAGGUAAGAUUGCCAUAGUAAUGGGACUGGAGAGUUAAGAUCAGGACCCCAGGCUUCCCGAGAGAGAAAUCUGGUGUAGUUCUAGGAAGAGGGAUAGGGACAGAUGCCAAAUAGGCCAGAGGGCCAGUGGGCUGGUCCAAGUAGCAAGCUGCAAGAAAGACAUGCAAGGUCAUAGGUUGGCCCCGCAAGCCCUGCCAAGCCUGUACUCAGGCUGAAGUGUCAACCUUCAGUCUAGAACUCUGAGAGUAGCCCCUUGGCACAUUGUGAGGGAGAGCUCCAGCAUCAUUGUGACCCACCCACUCACCCUCAGGAACCUGAGUCAGCUCUGGGGCCGAGUCCGUGUCAUCUUACGCCGAAGGUUCCAUAUCAUUUGUGAGAAAGAAACUGCUAAGUCAUCCUCACCUG